AUGGACGAUUCAGGUCCGCAUCUAGCAGGACUAAUGAAUGACGCUUAUGCAGUGGACAUGCUGCCAGCUCCCCUCUGGCACCACAUAUUCCGCCGCCUUCUGCUGCCACCAUCCCAGCCGGACGACCCUGCAGUCAUCGCAGAGGAUCGUUCAGCUAGAGAGCAGCUGCGCGAUGCGGAUCUACCAGUGCCUUCUGAUCCUGACCGCAUGGGUAGCGAGCGGCACAGGAGAGAUGCGGACAAGUUCGGCGCCUCGUGGCCGCUGCUGUGCUGCGCUCUCGCCAGCAAGAGCCUCCUCCGGCAGGUCCUCUCCUUCUCCGAGAGUCAGCAGAUCUCCCUCAUCUGCAACCAUCAUGACCCGCAAUGGAUGGACGACCUCCGCUUCUUCCUCCACCACGGCGGCCUCCACUCCCUUGACCUGCGCUUCACCAAGCCAGAUCACCUGUGCACCCUGGGACCCCUCGUUGCACGCUCCAGCGCCUCGCUCACAUCCCUGGAUCUGGGGCUGCAUGACCGGGCUAAGGAGCACGGAUGGCAGGAUCGAUGGCAGGAUCGCGACGGCUUCACACUGGGCUUUCUGAAAGACUGCUCGCAGCUGCAGCAGCUGAAGCUGGGUCGGGGCGAGUGGAAGCUGAAUGAGAAUUGUGCGAAUGCCACAUGGAUGCAGUCACUGCGCACUCUGACCCUUGCAUACAUGGAUCGCAUGGCGUUGGGAUAUGAAUGUCUGGACGCUAUCACGCCACAGCUGACCGAAUUUACUCUCUACGAGUGUCCUUCUAGCAACUGCCUCGGCACCUUCACCCACAGUUUCAGUUUCUCCAAUGCACACACCCUCCGCUUCCUCUUACUGAACAUCACGCUUAAUCUGUCUCUCAACCUCGCACCCUCCCUCACGACCCUCUCUGUCAUGGCUGACUGUAUCGAGCUCACUUGUCGUUCAGACACCCCUCUCGCUCUCCACCAGCUCAUUCUCUACGCUCGUGACCGCCUCCGCACCCCCUCCCUCUGCUUCGCAUCUGCGAGGGUUGUCUAUCUGAAUGCUCCUGGAGGAGAUGACAAGUAUGGCUCCCUCAGGGAUUUCGACGCCGAGCCACCUUCACGCUGGGGAAACCUUUUCGAUGCCAGCUCGGUGCUCUCCUGGAUGAGCUGGCUCCACGCAGUAGCGCCUACAGUGGAGGUCCUUAUAACGAGGCAUGAUGUCCCUUUGACUAAAAUGGAUGUCGAGUGGAGCAGCCUGCGCAGCCUCGGGAUUGUCGUGGAGAUCACAGAGCUGGAUGAUGAUAUUCUGCGGGAGGUUUCAGUGGAGGACGCUGCUUAUAUAAUCGAGGAGGACUAUCUGGAAUGUUUUGAUGAGUUCGGAUAUGACGACGAGGAGGAUGGUGACCCGGAGAAGGCGAUUCCUCCUCCUUUUAAUAUGGCCCCAAACCUGCAAGCCCUAUUCUUUCCAAGCGAGGAGUCUGACGCAGAGACCUUGGCAACGCUAAAGCACAAUUACCCAUCCUUGGCAUUAUAUUGCAUUGUCAAGCGAACGUAUUACUAG